CCGGCCGGCCGGGCGCCUCUCCCGCGCGGAGCGGGAGGACGGGCAAAACUUUGCUCCCCGGUUGCGGAGCGGCGCCAGGAGAGGCGAGGGGGAAUGGGCCCCGAGGCGCUGCCGCUCGGCCCCUACGGCGGGGCGGCCGCCGCCGCGCUGCUACUCUGGGCCGUGUGCGUGCUCUGCAGGAGGAAAAGGAAGACUGGAGAGCCCCCACUAAUAAAUGGCUGGAUUCCUUACCUGGGGAAGGCUCUGCUUUUUAGAAAAGAUGCUUUCAAAUUCUUACUGGAUCAGCAAAAGAAACUUGGAGAUAUUUUCACUGUACAUAUUGCUGGCAGAUAUAUUACCUUUAUCAUGGACCCGUUUCAAUAUGUUUACGUCAUCCGAAAUAGCAAACAACUUGAGUUCCACGAAUUUGCUGAUAAGAUGGCUUCCAAAACUUUUGACUACCCAGCUUUGUCAAGUGUAAAAUUCCCCGAUCUCAAGGAAAACCUGCACAGAAUCUACCAGUACCUGCAAGGCAAGCCUUUGGAAAUAAUUUCUGACCACAUGAUGAAAAACCUUCAGGAUAUAUUUGAAUGGAAAUGCUCACAAGCAACAGAUUGGGAAACAGAAAAAAUGUACAAAUUCUGCUGCUCUGUAAUGUUUGAAGCCAGUUUUGUAACACUAUAUGGAAGAGUUCCUGCUGCAGAUGGCCGCAAAGUUAUUAGUGAAAUCAGAGACAAAUUUAUCAAGUUUGAUGCCAGCUUUCCCUAUUUAGCUGCAAACAUACCAAUUGAGUUGCUAGGAGCUACCAAGAAGGUUCGGAAGGAGCUUAUACAUCAUUUUUUACUUCAGAACAUGACAAAAUGGCUGGGAGGGUCAAAAGUGGUCCAAGCCAGACAAGAUAUAUUUGAGAAAUAUGAGCUGCUUGGAGAUUAUGACAAAGCAGCACAUCAUUUUGCCUUCCUGUGGGCCUCUGUGGGAAACACGAUUCCAGCUACAUUCUGGGCCAUGUAUUAUCUGCUGCGGCACCCAGAAGCUCUCGCAGCGGUGCGUGACGAGAUUGACCAUUUGCUGCAGUCAACAGGUCAGAAGAGAGGGCCCACGUAUAACAUCCACCUCACCAGAGAACAAUUGGACAACCUGGUCUACCUGGAGAGUGCCUUAAACGAGAGUUUACGGAUGUGCUCAUCUUCCAUGAACAUUCGCAUCAGCCAGGAGGAUUUUGUUCUCAAGCUCGAAGGGGAUCAGGAAGUCAGUUUGAGGAAAGGAGACUGGAUAGCCCUUUACCCUCAGAUUUUGCACAUGGACCCCGAGGUCUAUGAAGAUCCUAAGGAGUACAAGUUUGAUCGCUACAUAGAGAAUGGCAAAAAGAAAACUACAUUCUAUAAGGCAGGAAGAAAACUGAAGUAUUUCCUUAUGCCCUUUGGCUCUGGGAUCAGCAUGUGUCCAGGGAGGUUCCUCGCGAUGAAUGAGAUGAAGAUGUUUCUUUUCUUACUUUUGGCUCAUUUUGAUGUAGAACUAGGGGAAAACAAAGCUGUCAGACUUGAUAACAGUCGUAUGGGCCUUGGUAUCCUCCUGCCAGACACUGAUAUUGCCUUUCGUUACAAGCUGAGGUCCUUAAGAAAUUGAACGAUUGCCUCUGUGCCUUCUAUUAAUCUCUGUAUCCUCUGUUUCCUCACUCAGCUUUGUAUUUUUGGAAGUAUUUGCUUUUACCCUCUCUGCUUUCAGCUCCUUCCUUUUUUUCUGAGGAGAAAAGCCCGUGGGCUGGAGGUAGAUGACAGACACAGAGACAUAAGAGCCUCUAUUUGUCCUGCCCGUGUUCUGCUGAGGUGAGAUGACAAGAACUUGGCUGAGUAAACCAUCCCAAUAUGAAGGAUCCCCAUACUCUUGGCCAUGAGUUCAGUAGGGUUUGGGGGAAGAUGAUGGCAAGCUGAAUCCAGGCCAUCACAUUGGAAAUAGGCUCAGUAGCCACAUAUAGGGAAAUAUUCUUCAGAAACUUGACAGUCCAGAUGCAUUGCAGGCCUACUGACAGAGCCAAAAGACCUCCUACCAUCACUGUGCCAUGAUGUUCUCCCUUGUUGGAUUGAGAAGUCACCAACCAUCAGGAAGCAUGACAUCGUCUGCUAGUAGAAAAAUAAUAGUGUGAAUGGGGGGUCUUAAUUCUAGAGGGUGAAGGGAUUUUUUAGAGAUCAUUAUUCUUUGUGUUUACUCUGUUCCCUUUUAUGGGUGUCUUAGUCCUUAUCUGGGAGAUGUAAUGGAAGCUAUAUGGAAUGGGGGUGAUUUGCAAAAUUUGUGAUGUUUCCUGCAGCCAAUUGAAGUCACAGGGGAGAUUCUGUUGAUUUUAAUAGGUUUUGGAUCAAGCUGAAAUUACCUGUUUGGGUUUUUGAGCCAAAAAAUGUAUACUCUUCAGAGAGAAAAUUUAUGAGCUUAUUUGAAAUGAUUCCAUCAUCUCAAAAAUUACCUUAUGUCUGUCUUACCAUUUUACUAGUAGCAUAUCUGUGUGUUUAGUUUGACAAUUUACUGUGUUUGUUAGUUUCUCCAAAAAGGCAAAAGAAUGAGAGGGCUUCAAGGAUAAGUGUAGUGUCUAAAACUGCUUUUUAAUAGUAUUUUAAUGUGCCUAAACUGUGCAUAAGCAGACUAGUGUGACCUCUGUUUGGAAACAGAAUUAUCUCUCUGCAAGAUGGAAAACAGGCUCUUCUUUGGGCCCAAAAUCUGAGCAAGUAAAAACACCAGGCAGCCACAGUAGUUGACUGCAGGUGGGCUGCACAACCUGCUCCACUGGGUGAUCCUGUUUCAAACAUUAAUUUAUUUUGCUGUGCAGUUUGCAAAAUGUAAGAUUUUAGACCCUGUCUCUCUCUAGUGAGAUCCUCUCUCACUUUGGAGAUGGAGGCUGUCCAGUCUCAAUUUGCCGUGAGCAUAACUGUUAGGGGAGACCAGCCAUGUUUGUUGGCCUUGCUUUGUGUUCCCAAAAAAUUCUGUUUGAGAUACACCAGCCAAAGUUCUGCCCACAUUGCCAGCUGGUGAGUAACAGUGCUCUACAUGAUGCUCCCAAAUGUCCCGUCAUCAAACAUAGAAGUCAGAGUGAAAGAAAGAUGUAUAAUUGCUGCAAGUGCAGGUUAGCCUGUGCAGUAAAGCCUAAAUCUAUUCUGUGCCAGAAUUUGCAACUUGCUGAGUCACUAAACAACCACAGAACUAUUACCCUUGUCUGGACACUGUCGGAUGAACUACCAGCUCAUCUGGAGUUGGAGUCUCCAAAUGCGUUAUUAGUCAGUGCAAAGCAAAUCAUUAAAAAUAUUUUUCUCAUUGUCUGCAUUCCUGUGUUUCAGAGUGUCCUGCUCUGACAGAGUUAGUGAUGCUCAAAAAAAAUUACCUGGCACUCUACUUCAAACAAGAGACACAAAGUUCUGCAAACUUCAGCUGGAUUUGUCUUUUCCCAGUAGAGCAUCGGAGCCACUGGUUCAUUUUGAGAAUUUUCAGCUGAAAUCUUUUGUGCCUCAAUCUUGCAUGUCUUCCAAAAUCAGAAAUUUUACUUGUCUCGUAAGCACUUGGUAGCCUAUAGAUGAAAACUGCUAUUUGCUUGCUAAAGUUUAGAAUUAUUUGUUGUUACUCAUGUAGAAGACUGUUUAGUUAUUCAUGUAAAGCACCUAUCCUAAAUAAACAUCAAUUGAAAGGCUUUCAAACAUUGGCACAGCCACAUUCCAAAUCCUCUGAGUAGGAAAUCAUGCUUUUGUGAGAUGGAUAUUUUCUCUUCAUAUGUAAUAUCAAUAAUGCCUACAGUGUUGGUGUACAGUUACAUUAAAUGGGCUUUGCGGUUGAUUAAAUGCCUUAACUUUGCUUCAACAUUUAAUCAACACCAGAAGCUGAUUAUUGCUUCUUGUCACAGAAUAAAAUUUGUUUUUAUGGAGA